AUGGCAUCUCAAGACUUUUAUCUCCGGUAUUAUGUCGGACACAAAGGCAAGUUUGGACACGAAUUCCUCGAGUUUGAGUUCAGACCUGAUGGGAAGAUGCGAUACGCGAAUAACUCGAACUACAAGAACGACACAAUGAUCCGGAAGGAGGCGUUUGUCCACAAAUGCGUUCUCGAAGAGCUCAAGAGAGUGAUCGAGGACUCGGAGAUCAUGGCCGAAGACGACGCCCUGUGGCCACAGCCCGACCGCGUGGGUCGACAGGAGCUGGAGAUAGUGAUCGGCGACCAACACAUCUCAUUCACGACCAGCAAAAUCGGGUCUUUGGUUGAUGUGAACCAAACGUUUCUGUGCCUUCCGAACUCUACAAAGAUAAUGAACCAAGUCCUGGAGUUCACAAACCAGAAGAGCGACUAG